GCGUCUCGCAGCCGCCACCCGCCCCAGGAAGCGGAAACAGUAAGCGCAUGGGCAGUGGCUUGCAGCCUCGCGGGGCGGGGCCCGAGCCCUUCUGCGCGUCUGGUCUGACAGCUGCGGCCCUCCGGUUGAUCCUUCAGCCGCAACGCUGUCCGGCUGGCGGCCCCGGGGAGAGUCAGCAGCCGCAGCGGACCGGGGCCCCCCACCGAGCACGUUCCCCUCCUUAGGAACCCCGGCCUUCCGCGGGAAGACAGGUUCUGUUAGAGGGUGACCCCCGCGGUGCCGGCGUGAGCCCCGCCCGACUUCUCUGGGACGCCGACCCUCCCGCCGGCCCCCUUUCAAAGGAUCGGCCCAGUGCGGACUCGGGGGCCCAGUUCUUGUGCCCAUUUAGCAGGAGAGCGCGGGAGGCACUCUGCGUCCCCGGGCCUCAGUGACCGAACCACCUGGGGCCCUGAGAAUCGAGUCCUGGGUGGCCUUGUGUGGCUGCGGUAACGCGUGGGACCCGGAGCCCCGCCAGAACCUGUGCCAGGUGGGGUCCGCCGUGGGAAGCCUGCCCAGCCCCUGCCCAGGGGGAGAGCUGUCCUCAUAAAAAGUGUUGCACUGUUUCCCGACCGAAUUUUCCACCCAGCCCAUCAAUAGGGUCAUUAUGCACCGUGGAUGCCGCACUGAGGCUGGCUUUCCGCUCCCACGGCCCCCUCCCUGGCCCUGGGGGAGGGGGAGGCAGAGCAGGGCGGUGGGGCGGCCAGGGAAGGCCCCGGGGAGCAGAGGGUGCUGCCACUGGGACAGCAUCAAGACAGCCCUGACCACGGGGCCUGGAGGUGUCAUGUGCACCUCACAUCUGCCUUGGGGAACACUGGGGGGCACGUGAGGAUGGCACACAGGUGGGGUUCUGGAAAAGGGAGGGCUGGGCAGCUGGGCAGGCCGACACACUACCCUUCCUGGUGAGUGGGGCUGGGGGUGCCCACACAGGCUGUGCCAUUGCCGGCUCGGCUGUGAGGCUGGUGGUGCUCGUCAGCCAGGACCCAUCUGGAGGGGCCGUCGCUGGGCAGAGCACAGGGCUCCGUGCAGCAGAGCUGCAGUUCAGACCCCAAGUUCUCACCCCUGACCACGACCCUGACUGCCUCUCGGAAUAGACCACCGGUCAACGGGGUAACUGACCACGUGGCGAUUGACGGUGGACUCCAAGCCCUGACGGGUGUAGCCGUGGCCACUGGCAGAGGGCGGGAGGGCGGCCAUGCUCGCCCCCGAGUCUGGACCACCCAGGGCGCCUCAGGCAGGAUCUGAGCGGCCACUGCAGGGCUGGCCCCUGACCCAGGGCAGAAGCAGAAGGAGUGCCCGUCGUCCCUCGGCCCAGCACCAGGCGAGUCGGCCCGUGGGAAGCCAGCCUGCUACGUCUCUGGCCCCCAGUGUCCCCCGGUGCUGGCCCGCCCUCCUCCUGGGGAGGCUGACAGUCCCCAGGCCCCACCUCCUGCUGCCACGCUCAGGAAAUAGCUCAGCCUGCCCUUCACUCCCCCGCCUUCCCCCCCACCCGGGCUCUGCCAUCCCCACACAGGGUGGGCCCAGCUGUUUCUAGCUCACGGAGAGUUCUACAAGGGAGGCCACCCUGAGGCGCCAGAGUGUUUCAAAUGCAGGUGUGGGGCAGACCCAAGGCCGGACCCUGAGCCCCACACGGGCAGCGUCACGCACUCUGCCCACCGCAGCCAGCCGGAGCCCCCUCUGUGGUGGCAGGAGCCCCUGCCUGCCACUGCGGUCAAUGCCUGGGGGAUGGAGAGUUUCUGCAGUUGCACCGAGGAGGCCCCUUACCCUCCGGCGGACAUGGACUCCAGAUGGGCCAGCUCCAGGGCGGGGAGGAUGCCCCUACCUGCCCAGCCCCCCAGGAAUCCCACACAACACGUGCAGAGCCCAUGAGCUCAGACUUCACGUCUGUUGCACUGGAAUUCCCCCAGGGCCAACCCUGAGCUGUCCCUGAGGGUGGAGGUGGAGCCCAGGCACCCGCAGUCUGCAGGGCAGCCCCGGCCUGCAAAGGGACACCUUGGUGCCUCUAGGCCCAGCCUCGGUGAAGGCCACCACUUGAAGGCUAGGGCCAGCCGUCCUUCUGGGGAGAGGGCGGGGGACGGGGGCCCUCCGCCUUUCCCUUCUCUAAUCCUUUCAACAUACAGCCGUCAAGGGAGCUGGGGAAGCCCUGUCCCGCCCCAGACACCACCUACUGCUCCUCCAGGGACUGGAGGGGCCUGGUGAGGCAGGCGAGGGCACGGGCCCAGAAGGGAGGAGGGGGCUGCUGGCCUCACUGCCACUGGACGCAGUCUCUGUGUCUCUGCCCUCCCAAAGGCAGGCUCUGGGGUGGCCGCCUCAGGAGGAGGAAGGAGGGGCUCUGACACUGGCCCAGUGACAUCAGUUGGUCUCACCUCUGAGCCUCGAGGAAACUCAAUCCCACUUUGUACCUGAGGAAACGGGCUCAGAGAGGUUGAGUAACUUGGGCAAUGUCAUACAGUCGAUGACUGGCAAAGCUGUGAUUCGCACUCACGCCCAGAUGAGUCCAGGGCCAGCUCUUCCCCAAGUGUGACUUCCCUCUCCCAGAGGUCUCCUGUGGCCAUCUGCCUCCUUCCAAAGCCACGAGGCUGGUGACCUCACGCCUCCUCAGAGCCAAGGCCCCACCAGAAGGGCCUGGUGGAGGUGGGGGCUUCCUCCCUCAUCUCAGCCCGGGUCCUCAGCACCGAUUUGGGGUGGGGUGUCAGGAACCCAGAGCCUGUGUGGGGAGGGGCAGAGGGCCUGAGUCGACCCCUCAAGCCUGGGACCAGGCUGAGGGUCCGGUCACUUGGGAUGACGAGGCCUCUGGGUCAUCCUAGAGCCAUGUUGGGUCCCCCGGCCUGUCACCCUGGGGCUGUCCUGCCUCCAGCACACUGGCUGGCCUCAUGCAACCACACUGAGGCCGAGGGUUUCAGCAACCGAGAUGGUGUGUCCCUAGGGUGUGGUGCUGUCUUCGUGGGUGGUGCGUGGUCUUAGUAUCUCCUGGGAGGCUGAGCUGUGGGCGCCAUCUCCCACCUGGGCCCCAGCUCCUUCCCACAGUCCCCGCCUGUCCCAGGGGCUGGGCAGCCAGCCCUGGCAGACCCCUGUGUUCUGGGAAUGAAGGCCCCUGCCCAGCGACCCUUGGCCACAAACACUUGUGGUCAGAGGCCUGGCAGGUGGAGGCGAGCAGGCAUCCUUGCAGGCCAGGCUGGAGGAGAGUGGACAGGGCAGGGGGCAUGCAGGGUCUGCUGUAGCUGGGUCCCUCCUCGCCCUCCAGAAACCUCGGGCCCCUCACCCCAGCCAGGGCCAGGGCCCCAAGCCUGGCGCAAGGAACCGGGGCAGGAAAGCUUCCCACCGGGGAAAGACGCCAGUGCCUGCAGCCAAAGGCUUCCCCUUCCAGGACCAGAGCAGGUGUGACUGCCCCCAGCCGGGUCCCUCCCCACCACCACGUCCCACGCCCAGCCUGUUAUAAAUAGGAGGCUGCCUGGCCAGCGUUGGGCCACGGCUGCUUUGUCACCUGCUAGAACCGCCAGCAGCACCGCCACUGUCGCAGCCACCCAGCACGGGAGGUUGGAGACACCCACACAGGGAGGCUCCAGCCUCAAGGUCCCAGGGGUGCCUGAGGUGGCCUGUGGCCGGGGCAGUUGGGGCAGGCCAUCUCUCCGGGUCUCCCCUGCCUGAAGUGGAGGGGCCACGUCCCACGUGAGAGGGCAGGGGCUCCUGUCCACACCUUCAUCACGCCACCCCCACUGACAGAGGGCUUGCUGUGUGUGAGAGGAGUGUGUGUUCGUGCAAGUGUGUGUGUGUGCGUGUGCUGCGUGAAGGGGCCAUGCACCCCUGCUCCUGCCGCAGCUGAGGCGUCAGGGACCCGCAGUGCCCACACUCACCCCAGCGCAUCCGCCCCAGUGGCAGGACCCCGCUCCCCGUCUCAGGAAACCCUGGAGGUGCCUGGGUCUCCAGAGCCACCCUCCUCCUGCUCCAGCUGGGGUGGGAGGCGGCCGGUACGGAGUCCCAAAGAACCUUCUGGAGUCCCUUUUGCCUCGCCAGUAUCACAGGGCUGAGGAUCCUGCCUUCCCUGUGAGGGCUCAGUGUGAUCAUGGGACACACGUGUGGGCAGCGCUCUGUCCCGUGUGGGACCCGCCAUCAGCACCCCAUGCUGGCAUGUGCCCCUGGCCAGGCCACCUCCACAAACCCGAGGCCUGGGCCCCACACAGCUGGCUGGUGCUAGGGUGCCAGCACGUGCCAGCUGAAUGCACCAGGCCCUUCCUCUGGCUCAGCGCCCUCCCCAAGCGCCAGCCCAGGCCCCAUUGGCUGGAGGGGCCAGAACUCAGGGGGCUGCACCCCAAGUGUGAGAGGCCUGACGAUUCAGACCAAGAUGGGGACAUUGUGGGAAGUCUGCAGUAGGCCCGGGCAGUGACUCAGUGCAUGUCCUGGACCGGCAGGCCUGACCUGGUCAGGGCUCCACGGCCCUGCACACUGGGGGACCUGGGUCCCGGGACGCUGGAGCCUCCGGGUGGGAAUGGGGGCCAGGCAGGCCUCGGGUCCACCUCCUUGCGGCCCUCAGAUCCCCACCACGUCUGGCCCAUCAGCCUGCUGCCUACUUUUCCGGAAGCCCGAGGCCCACGAAUGGACCAUCCCUGGGGACUCAGCUCGGUGGACAACUCCCCACCCCAGGCCAGCAGCGCCCACCGGUCUACAGGCCUGACCCUUGGCCCAGAUGUGGCCAGACCUGCCUGGCUCCAUCGGCCCCAGUCAAAGUGGCCAUGCUGGCCGCUGAGGGUUGGUGGAGGCCGUGGAGGCCCAGAGUCCCGUCAAUCCUCAGCACUGGGCUCUAGGCCCACCCUGAGCAGGUCACCUGGCUGCCCCUCACCAGAGGCCCCUGGCCCACUUGGCAGAUGGCAGCAGAGACCCACCCAGCCUCGAGCCUGCCUGCAAACAAGGCCAGGCGUGGCCUGAACACCAUGUCCCCUGCUGUCCCUGCCCCACCGCCCAGGCUCAGCUCUGGCCAUGACAAGACACACCCGCAGAGGCCGCCUGGUGCCCUGCCGGUCAUCACAGGGGAGGGCCGCAGCGUCGGUCCCAAGUAUGGACCAGCUUCUGAUGGGGCCUCUCUUGGGCAUCAGCAGGCCGGGCUGGGCCACUGGAGGCUGAGGGACGCGACGGUCCCGGGAGUUCCCAGGGACAGAGAAUGGAAGUCGAUGGCAUGGCCCCGGGUGGGGACACCUGGGUGGGGUCAGACCGGACGGUGGGCUGGGACCCCACUGAGGCUCGCUUCUGGGAUUCAGGCUGGAGCCAUGGCCCAAGCAACUGGUGGGGGGCCGGGGACCCGAACGUGCCCCCAGCUGCCGCCAUCGCCACCACCACCCCCGCCCGAGGAGGAGCGUGGGGAGAGGCUGGUGGAGCUGCGCGCCUCGUUGAGGGAGCUGGUCGCCACCUUCUGCACCAACGGCACCAUCCACGGCGCCAUCCGCCUUGUGUGCUCCAGCCAGAACCGCCUCAAGACUGCAUCCUGGGGGCUGCGGCUCGCGCGGGCCCUGGGCGUGCUCUGCUGGCAGCUCGGACUCCUCUUCAGGCAGUACUGGCGCUACCCGGUCAUCAUGACGGUGUCCGUAUACUUGGAGCGCGGCACAGCGCAAGCUCUUCCUGUCGGUCACCCUGUGCGACAUGAACCCGCACGCUGCCCCCCACCCUGGCCCUGCCCCCAGGCCACACCCAGCCCGCCGCCCCCUGCGGGCGCUGGACAACUUUGCCCGGCAGAACAUCUACUCCCUGUGUGGGUUCAACUUCAGCGACAGCGUGGACGCCCCAGGGGCCAAGGCCCCGGGCCCCGAGCCCACCUUCCAGCUGGACCGCGGGAUCCACCUCCAAGGCUGAGCCCCCUGGGGGGCCAGAACAGAGUGGGCUGCAAACUGUGUAACAGCGCCGGAGGCGACUGCACCCAGCAGGCUUACUCCUCUAGCGUGGUGGCCGCCCGGGAGUGGUACCGCUUGCACCGCGUGAACGUUCUGGGCCUGCUGCCCACGAGGACGGCCACCACAGCCGCGGCAGACACUGUCUUCUCCUGCCGCCGACGGCCAGGACCGCCAGGCCCAGUGAGUGCAGGCGGGUGGCUGCUCGCCCCGCCACGCCCCAUGCAGUGGUCUGCCGGCCCCACGGCUCCCUCCAGAGAUAAGGCAGCUGUGGUCCCCUCCCUGCAACCCCGGGGCUGCACACAACAGGGUGAUGGGUCAGGGGUAUGUGCGGGUCUGAGCGUGGCCCCUGGUUCCAGACACUUCCAGACCUCGCACCACCCCAGCUACGGCAGCUGCUACACCUUCAACGGUGUCUGGGCCGCGCAGCACCCUGGCAUCACCCACGCUGAGUGCCAGCCUGGGCUGGGUGUGGGCGGGGUGUCCAGGCCGGCCUGGCCUCACCCCCGGCCUCCCCCAGGGGUCAGCCUGGCCCUCGGGGCGAAGCAGCAGGAUCAUCUUCUUCUGCUGCCCACGGAGGCCGGCAUCAAAGUCGUGAUCCGCACGCGUGACCACACGCCCUUCCUGGAGCACCGGGGGCCUUCAGCAUCGGCCAGGGACUGAGACCACCUCCGAGAGGACAAGGUGCACCGGCUUGGGAGCCCCUGUGGGCACUGCACAGACAGCACGGGGGGCGUGGAGGUGCAGCUGCUGUACACCGCCUCCUGCACCAGGCAGGCCUGCCUGGUCUCCUGCUUCCAGCCGCUGAUGGUGGAGGAGACCCGCUCCUGCGGCUGCUUCUUCUACCCCCUGCCUACGGGGGCCCAGCACUGCAACUCCGUGCGGCACCCGGCCUGGGGUCACUGCUUCCGCCGCCUCUGCAAGGACCUGGAGACCCACCGGCUUCCCUGCGCCUCCCGCUGCCCCCGGCCUUGCAGGGGAGUGGGGAGUGCCGGGGGAGUCUUCGUGCAAGCUCUCCGCUGGGACCUCCAGCUGGCCUUCCUCCAAGUCAGCCGUGAGUCCCGGAAGCGGGGUCAUGUCCUGGCGCCCCCCUGCCGUCCUCGCCCUUCAGCGCCCCCAGGGACGGCCCCGCCCCUCUCGCCUGUGCCCCGCCCCAGGAGCAACCUGGCCAAGGUGAACAUCUUCUCUCAGGAGCUCAGCUACCGCACGGUGGACGAGGGCCCGCAACACCCAUAUGUGCCACAGCUGCUUUCAGUCACGGGCAGCCUCUGGAGCCCGUGGUUCGGCUCUUGUGUCCUCUCAGUCGUGGAGAUGCUGGAGCUGCUGCUGGACGCUGCGGCCCUCGCCCUGCUGCUGUGCUGCCGCCAGCUCCACGGGGCUCGGGGCAAGCCCAGGGCAGCCACGGGGAUGCCCGCUCCGAGCCAGAGGCCGGCUGGUGGCCGGGUAGCUGCAGGCAUGACGUCGAACGCCCGGGGGCCCAGCUCCACCUCCCAUGAUGUUGCAGGGGCUCCGGCAGGGGUCUUGGCUGGAGCCAAGACAGAGCGGAGUGAGGUGGGCGAGGCAAGGGGGCAGGUGCAGGCGGCCGUUUAUUAA